GGGUUCGGACCCACCGAUUUCUUGCUCACCCCUUAGUCUUGGGACUGGCGCCUGGCGGGGAAAUUGGCAAAUUCUUUUUGGAUCUUACAUUCUUCAUCUCAAAUUAUCAAUCUUCAUCUCCUUAUUAAUAAUCACAAUUCACAUAUACUAUUCUUGAGCCUUGCUCUGUGCCUGUGAUUCAAAAACAAUGGCAGCCAUGCCUAGAUAAUCUCCUAAUAUAUCUCAUUGUCAAUCAAUUCUCAUUUUCUCUCUCCUUCCACAAUACCCAAGUAGCCAAAGAGCGUCCUUCUUCUCUUCCCAAAUUCAGGAUCAAAUCAAAACAUCCCAGAAUUUGAAUUCCAGAAUCAUUCAUUCCCCAGGUGUAUCACAAUUGUAGCAUCUUGUUGAGAAACUCUGGAAUUUAUGUCCAAUCUGGUAGCAGUCAAUGGCAGUGGUUUUAAAUCCGGACCUGUGGGAUUGUUCCAAACAAUCAAUACUAGUGCAAAUUUAUCAAGAAAAUUCGCUUGUACUUGUAUUUCGUUAGAAGGAAGGGAUUUAAUACAUGAAGGAAAAAUUGGGUGGCAACAUGUGUUUCAUGAAAGCUACGGUUGUUCCAAAAUGCAGCCUGUUAAAAAGCUAGGUCUCCAAGCUAGAGCUUUAGCUGGAAUCCCCCUUGAAAAGGCUGAGCAAGGAUUGUCAAAAUACCAUUUUAGGACUGAGAAUGGUGGUCAAGUGAAGGUAGCUGUCGGGAAGAGAAGUUUAAAGUAUUCGGUGCAUAUUGAGGUUUGUCCUUCUCAACUGAAUGGUAACCCGGAGAAGCUGGUACUAAAUUGGGGUAUAUAUAGAUCCGACUCUUCAUCUUUCAUUCCUUUUGAAUUCCAAACCUCAGCUCCUGAGAAGGCCGUCUCCCAGAUAUCUCUGAGGAGAAACUCUUUUGGCACUUACAUAGUUGAAAUAGAAUUUGAAUCAUAUUUAGCCCCAUUUUAUCUCUCAUUCAUGUUGAAUUAUAUAAAUGGCUCUGAUUCAGAAAGUUUCGAGAUAAAGAGUCAUAGACAAACCGAUUUUUGUAUUCCUAUUGGCUUUGCAGCUGGGUAUCCAGCUCCGCCGGGUGUUUCUUUCUCCAGUGAUGGUAGGAUGAACUUUUCUCUUUUCUCCAGAAAUGCAGAAAGUGUUGUCCUUUGUUUGUUCGAUGAUAUUGCGUCACAGAAACCUGCUUUAGAGAUUGAACUGGAUCCGUAUGUGAACCGAACUGGUGAUAUUUGGCAUGCAUCUUUUGAUAGUGUUGGACCCUUUGUGAGCUAUGGAUACAAAUGCAAAGGAGCUGUAUUUAGUGAAAAAAGUAACAGGGUUAUUUUAGAUCCAUAUGCUAAACUGUUAACGAAGAAGCUUCCUGGUCUACCUGAUCUUGGUCAAUUACAUGCUAUACCAGCUUUUGAUUGGAGUGGUGAUACCCGUCCUGGAUUAAGCUUGGAGAAAUUAGUUCUCUAUCGAUUAAAUAUAAUGCAAUUUACUGGGGACAAGUCCAGUAAACUGCCUGCUGAGUUUUCUGGAAACUUCUCUGGUGCUGCUGAAAAACUUCAGCAUUUCAGGAAUCUUGGUAUCAAUAGCAUAUUAUUGGAGCCAGUUUUUCCAUGUGAUGACAGAAAGGACCCCUAUUAUCCAUUUCAUUAUUUUUCACCAAUGCAGGUAUAUGGACCUGCUGGCGAUUCUAUAUCUGCUAUUAAUUCAAUGAAAGAGAUGGUAAAGACAAUGCAUGCCAAUGGAAUAGAGGUUCACUUGGAAGUUGUUUUCACUCAUACCACUGAAAAAGGAAUACUCCAAAAAAUCGACCCUUUAUCCUAUUUUUAUGCUGAUAAGGACGGAGAAUUGAGUAUUAGAUAUGCUUUGAACUGUAACUAUCCAAACAUGCAGCAGAUCAUUGUUGAUAGUCUCCGGUAUUGGGUGACUGAGUUUCAUAUAGAUGGAUUUUGCUUCCUAAAUGCUUCAGAUCUCUUGAGAGGCUCUUAUGGAGAGAGCUUGUCUCGCCCUCCUUUGGUCGAAACUAUUGCUUUUGAUCCUGUACUUUCAAAAACAAAGAUAAUUGCGGAUUUUUGGGAUCCUUAUGAUGUGAAAUCCAAAGAAACCUGCUUUCCUCAUUGGAAACGAUGGGCUGAAAUAAAUUCUAAAUUUUGUGUUGAUGUGAGAAAUUUUUUGAGGGGUGAAGGACUUAUAAGUAGUCUUGCAACACGACUUUGUGGAAGCGGGGACAUUUUUUCUGCUGGAAGAAGUCCAUCGUAUUCGUUCAAUUAUGUUGCCAGGAACUUUGGUCUUUCUCUAGUUGAUUUGGUUAGCUUCAGCUGUAGUGACCUUGCUUCUGAAUUUAGUUGGAAUUGUGGGGAAGAAGGCCCUACAGAUCAGAAAGUUGUCCUUGAAAUGCGGCUCAAACAAAUCCGUAACUUUCUCUUUAUAUUAUUUGUUUCACUUGGUGUUCCUGUAUUAAAUAUGGGAGAUGAGUGUGGCCAAUCUACUGGCGGAUCCCCUUCAUACAGUAAAAGAAAACCUUUCAAUUGGAGUGCUCUUAAGACUGCUUUUGGUGUCCAGAUCACGCAGCUUAUUUCAUUUCUGAUUUCUCUGAGAGAGAGGCGUGGUGAUCUUCUGCAGAAGAGGGAAUUUUUGGAAGAAGAAAAUAUUGGUUGGUAUCACUGUGACUUGUCUCCACCAAGAUGGGAUGAUCCACUAGCUAAAUUUCUAGCUAUGGAAUUAAAGGCUGACAACAGAGGGUCAGAGUCUUCCUUUGUGAAGGGUGACUUGUAUGCUGCCUUCAAUGCCGGGGGACAUUCAGAAAAUAUAAUUUUACCACCACCCCCUGAGGGAAUGACUUGGGUACGAUUACUUGACACAGCUCUUGCUUUUCCUGGAUUUUUCUCGUCAGAUGGCAUUCCUGUCCCUGAGAAGAUGCCUGGAUUGAUAGCAUACGAAAUGAAGUCACACAGUUCUGUACUUUUUGAAGCAAAGAUCCUGAAUGCGCGAGUUGUGUAAUUCUGGAUUGUAAUUUAGUUCUUAAUAAACACUAGUAAUUUGUACAGAAAAUAAAGCGUAGUAGUCAUGAAAUUAUCCAGCAUUUCUGAGUUUGAAAUUUUGUAGUAAAGCCACUUGUAAGUGUGUAACCGUAUCAAGAGACAACAAUGAAGCCACAAGUAAAAAAAUUCCUGCACAUGUAAUGCAAACUACUUAACUACAUACACAAGUUAUUUUGGUAUGAAACAUAGGUACAUAUUUCGGGAAGGUAGGAUGUGUUAUCACAUAGGAAUUCUCAUCCUCAACUAAGUUGAGGCCACAGGGACCCAACUUAUAAAAAUAAAAGGAAAAUAGAAAAGCACAUUAAAAAUUAUAAAAAGUAAAAAGAGUGGGGGGACCUCUUGUCAAUAACCACCAUCCUAUUCCUCCCCAAAUUUUCACUAGCAUUUUAGCAAUCUGCCACAAAAAUCAGAAAUUUUUCCCUCCCAAAUUUUCCACCAAAAAUCAAAAUAUUGAAGCUGGACAAAGGAAAAGCCCCAAAUUUUGGAGGUGAAAGAGUGAAGCUCUAAUUGGCGACAAUCUAAUCCCCGAUAAUUGAACGACCUACACGAGUUCGGACAGAUCAAGAAAUUGUGGAGCAGAUUUGUAGUUGGGUUCAGUUGCCGAAAUGGAAAAUGGCAAAUGGGUGAACGAACAAAGUGAGAUCAUUGAGUUUAGUCUUUAUUUGUUGCAUGUGGUUAAUUAUGUACUAUAAAUGUGUAUUCUUCAAAAUUCGCCUGGUCAUCUAACAAUUGGUUAAGCUAUUGCUGAAAAUUGUUGUCAAAAAGUGAAGAAUAAGGCUGAAUUUUGCGUGAACGUUUGUUUGUUAUUUAUAAGUUAUAAAGUACUGGAAUUUAGAAUUGGCAGGUGAAUCGGUAUUAAUUUGGUUAAUAAUUGAAGGAUUCUUAUUU